GCAGCUGCAAGCCCCAACCUCAGCUAGGUGCGUCAGGGGGGAAUCCUCGCUGCACCUGGGCGCGGCAAGGAAAUUGCACCAUGUAUGGGCAGCUGCGUCAGAGGGGGCGUGGCUGCCGCAGAUGCUAGGGGACGCCAAGUCGGUCGUUUUUUCCCAGUAGAGGCGGCUUGCUACCAGAGCCGGGGGUCGUGAAGUUCCGAGCGGACCGGUCCACCGAGGUUCUUCUGGAGAGGUGGAUCCCCUGCGAGGUGAAAGGCGCCGCUGCGACACGCCCCCACCCCCCGUGGUGCAAGUGGUUCAGCCCAAGAACUUUUCAUUCAUAAAAAAGACCAGACUCCGCGAGGCGCGAGUGAGUCAGAACCGCAGCCGCCGACGCGGACCCUACCGAACAUCCAGCCCAGGGCAUGUACCGAGACUUCGGGGAACCGGGACCGAGCUCCGGGGCUGGCAGCGCGUACGGUCACCCCGCGCAGCCCCCGCAAGCGCAGGCACAGACUGCCCAGCAGCAGAAGUUCCACCUUGUGCCAAACAUCAACGCAGUGAGCGGCAGCCAGGAAUUGCAGUGGAUGGUGCAGCCUCAUUUCCUGGGACCCAGUGGCUAUCCCCGACCUCUGGCCUAUCCCCAGUACAGUCCCCCUCAGCCCCGGCCAGGAGUCAUACGAGCCCUAGGGCCACCUCCAGGGGUGCGACGCAGGCCCUGUGAGCAGAUCAGCCCAGAGGAAGAAGAGCGCCGCAGGGUGAGACGCGAGCGCAACAAACUCGCAGCUGCUAAGUGCAGAAACCGAAGAAAGGAACUAACAGACUUCUUGCAGGCGGAGACUGACAAAUUGGAGGAUGAGAAAUCGGGGCUGCAGCGAGAGAUUGAAGAGCUGCAGAAGCAGAAGGAACGCCUUGAGCUGGUGCUGGAAGCCCAUCGCCCCAUCUGCAAGAUCCCAGAAGGAGACAAGAAGAACACAGGUGGUACCAGCAGCACCAGCACUGCCGGCAGCCCACCAGCCCCCUGUCGCCCGGUGCCUUGUAUCUCCCUUUCUCCAGGACCCGUACUUGAACCGGAAGCACUGCAUACCCCCACGCUCAUGACCACACCCUCCCUGACUCCUUUUACUCCGAGUCUGGUUUUCACCUAUCCUAGCACACCAGAACCUUGUGCCUCAGCUCAUCGAAAGAGCAGCAGCAGCAGUGGCGACCCCCCCUCCGACCCCCUGGGUUCUCCCACACUCCUGGCUUUGUGAGGCACCCAGCCACACCCCUAGUCAUCUCCUUUCUCCCGUUGAUCCAGCAGGCCUGGACCAUACCCACGCCCCAAACCAGGAGGUCUUUUAUCUCCUCCGAUUAGAACAAACACAUUAUGCUUUGAUGUAGAGCCAGCUUGGGAGUCCCCAAAGCUGCUCACUGUUUUUCUAGAGCUGGCCUAUCAUAAUUUACACAAAAUCGAGGAAAAUAUGUCCCCUCUGCCAGAGAAAGCCUGGCAGCCAGACUUUGUAGAUCCCCAGGGGUCCUUUGACGCCCUAACCCCUUGCAGACCACUUUCCCACACCAUGCCACUUUCUCCAUGUUAUCCAGCCUACUCCACACCUGGACAGAAGGGGCCCUGAUUAGCCUAGAACACUAACUCACACAGCACCCACAGCCAGCAGCACCAGGACAUCCUGCAGGCUCCUCCUGAAUGGCGCAACUCAGGAGGCACGCUUCUGUGAUGAGCUGAGCCGCACUCCCUAGUUCUGAGAAGCUUUUAGCUCCAGGAUAUCCAGCCCUCCACAGCAAGGGCAGCUGCUAUUUAUUUUCCUAAAGAGACUAUUUUUAUACAAACCUUCCAAAAUGGAAUAAAAGGCUUGAAGCUCUA